CUCCUCCGGCACAGUCUGGCGCUCUCCGCUCUCCUCACCGCGCAGCUUUUUCUAAUCCUCCUCCUCGAAAAGUGUCCGGACCAAAAAACUGCAACAUUCCUGAGGACUACUUUCUAUAGUGCUCGUGAACGUAUCAUUCCUACAGACCAGAAGAAACAUUUUUUGAGAACACCUGGACAGCCUUACUUCCUGGUUAUAUAACUUGUCUUGCACUAGAACGACUCCUUCUACAUUCCAAAGACUUUGGACCUACGUCGAUAUUUGUCUUUUUAAAUCAACGAUCAAAGUUCUUAUUGUUUUAUUCUGACUAAACCAAAUAAGCAGGAGGCUGUAGCUUAUUUUGUGUUUUUUUUUUUUGCACAACCCAGAAAUAGUCUUAACUGCGUUUUUGUUCCCCUCUACGUGUAGUUUUAAAUUAAGUAACACAACAGUGAAUAAUGGCAGGUUUGAACUCUCUGGAUGCUGUGAAGAGGAAGAUUCAGUGUUUGCAGCAGCAGGCCGACGACGCAGAGGACCGGGCUCAGGUCGUACAGAGAGAGCUGGACAGUGAACGGGAGCUCCGGGGGAAAGCGGAGGGAGAUGUAGCAGGUCUGAACCGUAGGAUCCAGCUGGUGGAGGAGGAACUGGACCGAGCCCAGGAGAGGCUGGCCACGGCCCUGCAGAAACUGGAGGAGGCUGAGAAGGCCGCGGACGAGAGCGAGAGAGGGAUGAAGGUGAUCGAGAACCGAGCGAUGAAGGACGAAGAGAAGAUGGAGAUUCAGGAGAUUCAGCUAAAGGAGGCUAAACACAUCGCAGAGGAGGCCGACCGUAAAUACGAGGAGGUGGCCCGUAAGCUGGUGAUCCUGGAGGGAGAGCUGGAGAGAGCUGAGGAGCGGGCCGAGCUCUCAGAAUGUAAAGCCGCUGACCUGGAGGAGGAGUUGAAAAAUGUGACCAACAACCUGAAGUCCUUAGAAGCCCAGUCUGAGAAGUAUUCAGAAAAAGAAGACAAGUACGAGGAGGAGAUCAAAGUUCUGACUGACAAACUGAAGGAGGCUGAGACUCGUGCAGAGUUUGCAGAGAGGACAGUGGCCAAACUGGAAAAAUCCAUUGAUGACCUGGAAGAGAAAUUAUCAAAAGCCAAAGAGGAGAAUCUUGGCAUGCACCAAGUCCUGGACCAGACCCUGCAGGAGCUGAACAGCUUAUAAACACACAGAGAGGAAGCUGGAGAGGAUGAGAUCGUCAUGUAACAUUCCUUUAAUGUUCGACUCCAUUCCACAUUUCGAGCUGUAAAAUCUUUAUUCCCCGUGUGAAGGGGGAUUAACUUAAUGCUUGUCCCUUGAUGUUUUUUUUGACUUUGUUUCUUUUUUUAUUUUAUUUUAUGGGAAGUCAUUUUAACCCCAUUGCUUCUAUUUUUUUUUAAAUAUCCAGCAGUGAUUGCAGAAUUCUCCCUAGAAUUAUUUUUGACCACUUUAUUUAGGAAGAACUGGCAACUUACACACCCAAAGAAACCUCAGAUUUGGUCACUGAACCACUUAAACUGGCUCCAUUUUACAUUUUUAGUGCACAUACAUUAAGCCUCUGUCUGAUUAUUUUAAUACACGUGCUACAGAUGGUGUUGGGUUUCGCUCAGGCUACAUUAGUACGGCUCUAAAGUGCCACCUGGUGGUGAUGGGAUGUCAGUCAACGGUCUUGUUUUUUCUGAUCACGCUGUUCACAGACGUUCGGCUUAUGUGCGCCUGUGUUGGCGGUGUCCUCCUGAAUCUGUGUGUAAACAGCAUGGUGUUGAAAGCUUUCAUUGAUAAAUAAACAGGUCAAGGUACAUGCUCAGUCAGGCUUCUUUACAUUUCUUUAAAAAGUAAUUCCUCGAUUUUAUCUUGAGGCCAUAAAGUUGCAGAUGCGUAGUUUUUAUGUGCCUCAAAUGUUUUAUACUCUACUUUUAGUGGGAAUCUGCAGAGCCUGAGAGCUGUGCAUGUACAGUCUCUAUCAGUGACAUGCAUUUCUAAGCUGUACUACUUUCCCCAAAGCCUCACCUGACUUGACACGUUCUUCUUCUUCAUUGCAACUAUACGCCACGAUGUAGCCACUAUUUACUAGAUUUACAAUAUAUUGUAUUACAUGAGCGAGCUAAACCCGGAACCACUGGAAGCUCAAGUCAAGUUUUAUCAACCAUGGAUACUUAUUGUAUAUAGUAGAAUAAUGUUAGGUUUUUGAGAAAUUGUAUUGCUUUGAUUAUUUUUGGUUUUGUUUCAUUUACACCACUUCUUUUUUUUGUGCCAGGGAAACUCAAGACCAAAGAACACACUCACACACACACACACACACACACACACACACACACACACACAGACAAUAAAUUCUUUUAAAUGUUUUAAUUGUUUUUGUUUGUGAUGAUCAUCAUGGUUUCAUCUCAUGCCAGGGCCAUGAGAAGAACAUCACACGUGACCAAGACCAUUUUAAAAUAUUUCAUUCACCAACCCCCUCCCCUCCCCCCCCCCUUUAUUAUGUCAACACAAUAAAUGUUUUACAGAAA